GCCCCUUACCCUUCACAUCCACAUCUUUCUUUCUGUUUGGUUUUGUGGCAGAAAUCGGGCACACAGAGUUUAAUCAUGAGUCCUGUAACCACUGCCUUCAGUCUUGAUCUUGAUCAUCACAGCAGCAGCAGGAGGGAGAUCAACGGUCUACGUCCAUCCCCGUUGAGGAUCCAUAAGGAUUCGCAUCUCAUUCACAAAUCUUCGUCCUCUGUUUUCGCCAAACAACAACCACAAGAACAGCGGCAGCGGCAACAACAACAUGGUCCGGUAAUAAUCUACACGCAUUCGCCCAAGAUUAUUCAUACCAAACCCCAAGAUUUCAUGGCGUUGGUCCAGAAACUCACCGGUCGUUCGAGUUCAGACGAUCAAAUAAUAUCAUCAGAAACCACCGCUUCUGAUCAGGAUUUCAAAUCAGAAACAAACGUUGUUCGAGAGAAUAGUACAGGUGUUGAUUUGAAUACACGGCAUGAGGAUUCUCGUCUGGCUGAUAUUCCCCUCUUCACACCAACCUCCGCUGCCGAUUUCUUCUGCUCUCCAAACAAGGCUAAUCCUAUCUCGCCCUCUUUUUUGGAGUUCCUGAGAGGAUUUUCUGAUUAUUGACCAAGGUGAAUUGGGUUUUGGUUUCUUCGAAAAUAAUGGAUUCAUUCUUGUUCAUGUAUAGGUUUUUUCUUCUUUCGUUCGAUCUCAUUCGGAUUCGAUUUUUUUUUCCUUUCAAUCUCUGAAAUUUGAAAUCUUAGGUAGAAAGAAGAUCAGCUUUAGAGAUUGACAAUUAUUGUAUGAUUCAAUUCAAUUCAUUCUUUGGUAAUCUGUUGGUUCAUGUAUACGAAUACGUGUUUUGAUGCAUUUUGAUAUGUUCGCGUACUUUAUUUUGUUGAAAUUCUUAGCCAAAAAACAAUGAAAAUAUUGUCGGUUGUGAA